ACCUCCUCCCUUCUCUGUGUGUGAGCGUAGUCUGGGCGCUCAGCCAAGUAGAAUGUGUUUUUGAAUGAAUAUCUGAUGCGGCUGGCUGUGGGAGGAGCUAUGUUACUGGAGUAUUGGGAGAAAAGGAGGGAGGGAGCGUGGGAGAGAGAGAGACCGAAUGAGAGAGAGAUGGAGAGAGUGAGAGAGGGAGAAAGGGAGAGACAGAGAGAGAGGUCUGACUGCCUUGCAUAACACACGUUGGAGCAGCUUUGCACGCAGGACUUCAUGUGAUUCUUCAACCAGGGGGACUUCCUCUAUCGCUGGCUCAUCACAGAGCCUUACGGCUAGGUGUACAUGUUCACCCGCUCUCCCGGACGGACCCUACCUGGAGCUUGGAGGAAAACAGGGCUGGCUCUGAAAAAUAGACCUGCACAAAGGAGACGUAGAGAAAGAGGAUUUCCCUAUAGGAAUACGUAGUGUAGAAGCUACACAGGCAAGAGGAAGUCUGACAAUGCUCUGCCAGCUGUGGCUGUGUACAGCCUGAUUUACAGCUGGCGGACGUUGUGGAGGCUGGUGGUUAGUCAGAGAUGAUUCCUCAUGAAGUCCAUGGAGUCGUCCUCUCUGUCACCUGGCGGACGUCACUCUGCCCUCUCUAGACUACUGAGUCCAGGACACACAGUCACACAGUGAAGACCUGAAAGAGACCUGAUAGAGCCCACGACAACACUUGAGAGAGAGAGAUGUUUCCCAUGCCAAUAAAGCCCUUAAAUUGAAUUGAAAUUGAGAGAGAAACAGAGAUAGGGACAAAGAGAGAGAGAGACAGUAGGUUCAAAAAGCCUACUUGAGAGACAAACAAAGAGUGAAAAACAACCAUGAAAUCCAACCAGGAGAGGAGCCAUGGCUGUCUACCUCCAAAGAAGCGUGAAAUCCUAGCCCUGGAGCAGAGGCCUGUGGUGGUAACAGCAGCAGCUGAGAUCCUAGCUCUGGAGCAGAAGCCUGUGGUGGUACCAGCAGCAGCUGAGAUCCUAGCCCUGGAGCAGAGGCCUGUAGUGGUAACAGCAGCAGCUGAGAUCCUGGCUCUGGAGCAGAGGCCUGUGGUGGUACCAGCAGCAGCUGCAGCCUCAGCAGACACUACCUUACACACAGAGAACCUGGCUUGGCUGGCCAAUGUAGCCAGCGAACGCUGCAGAUCCACAGAAACUCCCAGCCCCAGGUUUCAUGUCUCCUCGUCCUCCUCUUCAUCCCCCUCCCAUUCUGCUCUCCCCCUGUCCUCUCUCUCCACGAUCUACCCCACUGGGGUGGGGCUCAGCCAACAGGGCGGGACAAUCCAGUACGCCCAGCUGGCCCCUAACCUCCAGUUCAUUAGCUCGGGGCCGUACACUGGCUACAUCUCCUCUCAGAUCAUCCAGUCCACUGCCACCAAUGUAGCCGCCUCCACAGGGCAACAGCGCCACCAUCUGGACGGCCACUGCUACACCACCGCCCUCAUCUCCCAGGCCACCAAGGUUGGGGACCAGCAGAACCAGGUCCAGAUAGGUCUGCCGUCUGACCUAGCUGUGUCCGUUGGAGGGACCCACUUCACCACUACCCACCAGUACAUCCAGCUGGACAGCAGCAGCCCUCUGACCGUCACCUCCCCUACCCAGGGCCACCUCCAGCCUCUCCAGCUCCACACCCACCCUGGGGUGGGCCUCCUCCCCCACACCCUCACCCUCGCCCCCUCCCAGGUGCUGGUCCAGUAUACGGAUGGGUUAGGGAUCAACAAAGCUGAGGGCGGACACACCAAGGUGGUGCAGCUGAAUGGAGAGCUGGAGAGGAGUUUCGGUAAACAGAGCUGUGCUGGCAUCAAAGGAACCUCCUACUCUAACCAGAACAAUCAGCAGGUUCACCAUGGAUAUGAAGCUCGACACAUCCUCAUUCCCGCAGACUACACUACCCAGGAUUCCACAGGGCUACAAACCUCCCUGGUGCUGGUAGCAAACGCCCAGCCCAGCCCCCACCCCCACCCUCACCCUACCAGUGGUGCUGAGCAGGACACGGUCCAGGUCCACCCAUCAUUAAUACACAGUGAGGGAGGAGGCAUCUGUCUAAGGAAACCUGUCUCCAGAACCUCCUCUUUCACCUCCCUCAACUCCUCUGAGGCUCUGAAGGUCUCUUCUGCCCCUCACACGGUUAUCCAGACCACCCACCACUCUGACGAGCAUGUACACAGCCUGUACUCCACCACCCAGGCACCAAUCAUCGGCUACAUUGCCAGGGCAGGUAACCAGCAUGGCGUCAGCUACGCCACCCUGCCGCAGCACCUGGUCAUCCCGGACGGCCAGUCCCUCCAGUCUCUCCUGAUACCCGUUAACGGAGUUACCACCACUACGGACCUCGAGGCUGCCUGCUCGGUGACCGCUAGGACGGCCAGCACCACCGCCUCUCAGCUGGCUCCAGCGACCGCAUCCCUCCCCCGCCACACCUACCUCACCGCGUCCCUGUCCAAGUGUGAGAUGCUGGAGUCGGACGGCCACCACCAGUCCCCUGCUGUACUCCAGGCCCAAGUACUACCCAUCCAACACAUCCAAAUCCCAUCUAACACAACUGCUAAUGUGGUGGCGUCCCCCUCCCCUGCCCCAGCCCUAGCUCCAGGACCUGUCCAGGUCUCCCCCUCUCUCUCCUCUUCCCCCUCCCCUGCCCCAGCCCUAGCUCCGGGACCUGUCCAGGUCUCCCCCUCUCUCUCCUCUUCCCCCUCCCCUGCCCCAGCCCUAGCUCCAGCCCCUGUUCAGGCCUCCCCCUCUCUCUCCUCUUCCCCCUCCCCUGCCCCAGCCCUAGCUCCAGCCCCUGUUCAGGCCUCCCCCUCUCUCUCCUCUUCCCCCUCCCCUGCCCCAGCCCUAGCUCCAGGACCUGUCCAGGCCUCCCCCUGUCUCUCCUCUUCCCCCUCCCCUGCCCCAGCCCUAGCUCCAGGACCUGUCCAGGCCUCCCCCUCUCUCUCCUCCUCUCCAACCACGCUCCCUCCGUUCUUCAUGCGUGGCUCCAUCAUCCAGCUGGCGGACGGGGAGCUGAAGCGAGUGGAGGACCUGAAGACGGAGGACUUUAUCCAGAGUGCUGAGAUCAGCAGUGAGCUGAAGAUUGACUCCAGCACAGUGGAACGCAUCGACACGGGCCAGACACCCAACGCUGUCAUCAUACAGUUCGGUGUCGGGGAACACAAAGCACAGGUGUGUGUGGAGGUGCUGUUAGAGUACCCGUUCUUUGUGUUCGGCCAGGGCUGGUCGUCCUGCUGCCCUGACCGGACCACUCAGCUGUUGGAGCUGAGCUGUGCCAAGCUGUGUGUUGGGGACGUGUGUGUCUCCCUGACCCUCAGGAGCCUGAGGGGUGGCGGUGGCUCUGUGUCUGGGAGGAACCACAACAGCCAGGGUCACGAAGUCAAGCUGAGGCACAGCCACAACACUGGGGACAUCACACAGGGGUCUAACAGUCAGGGGAAUAACCAGAGUAAUGGUCAGAGAGACGGUCAGAGUAUGGACAAGGACUUUAGGAACAGUUUGAAUGCUGCAGGCAGCAACAGUGUCUUCCUGGUGCAAGUGGCCAAAACAGACAUGUUGAAUAAGGAGGAUAGGGACGCCCGCUGUGUGGACCAGGGGACAGGAUCUGGACUGAGACCCGGAUCUGGACCAGGGGUCUACGGAACUGGAGUUGGACCCAGGAGCACCUCGGACCUGCAUGCUGUCUCAGGGAAUGGAGAGAUGAGAGACAGAGAACAGAAUAGCCCCAUGCUCCCUCCGCCCCUCAAGACAGAAGUGGGUGAGGCAGACAAAGAAAAACCCUGGGGUCGUAAGAGGAGGUGGUCUGCUCCAGAGAGAGAUCAGACAGAGAGGGCGGACGAGGAACCCCCUUUGACUCUGCCAAAACCCUCUUUUAUAACUCAGCAGGUCAAACUCUCCAUCGAAGGAAGGUCAAAGGUUAGUUGUUGAAGGAGCUGGAGUGUUGUACAGGAGGGAACAUAGUUUUAUAUGUUUGUAACGUUGUUAGUGCUGUUUGGUUUAAUCUAUCUAUCCACCUUAAUGGAAACGAUUCAUUUACCUGGUAUAUACAUGUUUUAUGAUUCUAUUUCUAUGGAAGGAACAUUGUUGUCUCUGUGUUUGGCCUACUGUCUGGGAGGCCAGUCUCUCUCCAGAACACAGUGAGUGGCCCACUGUCUGGGAGGCCAGUCUCUCUCCAGAACACUGUUAGUGGCCCACUGCCUGGAAGGCCAGUCUCUCUCUAGAACACAGUGAGUGGCCCACUGUCUGGGAGGCCAGUCUCUCUCCAGAACACAGUUAGUGGCCCACUGCCUGGAAGGCCAGUCUCUCUCUAGAACACAGUUAGUGGCCCACUGUCUGGAAGGCCAGUCUCUCUCCAGAACACAGUGAGUGGCCCACUGUCUGGGAGGCCAGUCUCUCUGCAAAAACAGUUAGUGGCCCACUGCCUGGGAGGCCAGUCUCUCUCCAGAACACAGUGAGUGGCCCACUGUCUGGGAGGCCAGUCUCUCUCUAGAACACAGUUAGUGGCCCACUGCCUGGGAGGCCAGUCUCUCUCCAGAACACAGUGAGUGGCCCACUGCCUGGGAGGCCAGUCUCUCUCCAGAACACAAUUAGUGGCCCACUUGCCUGGGAGGCCAGUCUCUCUCCAGAACACAGUGAGUGGCCCACUGCCUGGGAGGCCAGUCUCUCUCCAGAACACAGUGAGUGGCCCACUGCCUGGGAGGCCAGUCUCUCUCCAGAACACAGUUAGUGGCCCACUGUCUGGGAGGCCAGUCUCUCUACAGAACACAGUUAGUGGCCCACUGCCUGGGAGGCCAGUCUCUCUCCAGAACACAGUGAGUGGCCCACUGUCUGGGAGGCCAGUCUCUCUCCAGAACACAGUGAGUGGCCCACUGUCUGGGAGGCCAGUCUCUCUCCAGAACACAGUGAGUGGCCCACUGCCUGGGAGGCCAGUCUCUCUCCAGAACACAGUUAGUGGCCCACUGCCUGGGAGGCCAGUCUCUCUCCAGAACACAAUGAGUUGAUACUGUAGCUAGCAGAUGGUUGACCUGGACAGGCUUGAAUUUACUAAACCAUGAGAUUUGUCCUCUAUAUUGACCUAUAAAGUGAAUUAUGCAUGUGUGAGUUAUAUCAAUUGAUAAUUUCUGCCUUGUUAGAAUACAACCCUCUACUGCUCAUCGUUACCCUCAGUCAUCAGAACCCCCACCCCCCAUACAUUUGAGGACAUUGUUUUAUGUGAUGAAAUGUAGUUUUCAUUUUGCUGCCUCAGGACAACGUUGUGCAGUUAGGCUACUUUAAAGGGAAAUACAAUGCUGAAUGAUAGACAUGUAGAUUCCCAGACAAUGAACCCAGGGACAUUCUAAGGGCCAAAGCAGCCUAAUUGAGCAGUUAAGAUCAUACCCUCUGAUUGUGAGGACAGUCCCAGCGAGGAAGAAUGGACCUCAGAAUCAGGUUUGAGAGGCAGUGAAAUACUAGUUUAGGGAAAAGCUUUCACUAUCAGCUUUUCCAUGGUGUUAUUGUAUUAGUAGCGGCACAGAACGCCUAAAUCUACCCCCCCCCCCCCCCCCAAAAAAAUAGGAUGGAAUAUUUGUUUCAAUGAAAAAACACAAUGUGUGUAGUAAAGGAUUACACAUACACCGUAUACAGUGCAUUCCUGAAGUAUUCAGACCCUUUGACUUUUCAUACAUUUUGUUACGUUACAGCCUUAUUCUGAAAUUGAUUUUUCUUUUAAAUCUUUAUCAAUCUACACACAAUACCACAUAAUGACAAAGUGAAAACAGUUUUUUUUUUGACAUUUUUAACCCCUAACAAACAGUAGUACCUUAUUUACGUAAUUAUUCAAACCUUUUGCUAUGAGACUCGAAAUUGAGCUCAGGUGCAUCAUCCUUGAGACUCUUCCUAGAGGUUGGCCGCCCGGCCAGAAACAAGUCUCUCACCGUU